CGGACAGGAAGUGAAGGCGGAGAGCGGCCGGCCGUUGGUAACGGGAGAAACAACAUGGCGGCGACUCCGGCCACUAAGGUCCCCGAGGUGAGGGACGUCACCAGGAUAGAGAGAAUCGGUGCCCACUCGCAUAUCCGUGGCCUGGGUCUCGACGAUGCCUUGGAACCACGACAGGUGUCGCAGGGCCUGGUGGGGCAGCUGAGUGCCAGGCGAGCGGCCGGUGUCAUCCUGGAGAUGAUCAAGGAGGGGAAGAUCGCUGGGAGAGCUGUGCUGAUCGCGGGCCAGCCCGGUACUGGCAAAACUGCCAUCGCCAUGGGGAUGGCUCAGGCCCUCGGACAGGACACUCCGUUCACAGCGAUCGCCGGCAGUGAGAUCUUCUCUCUGGAAAUGAGCAAAACAGAAGCACUGACGCAGGCAUUCCGUCGGUCCAUCGGAGUGCGCAUCAAAGAGGAAACGGAAAUCAUCGAAGGUGAGGUGGUGGAGAUUCAAAUCGAUCGUCCAGCAACGGGCACAGGUGCAAAGGUUGGAAAACUGACGCUGAAAACAACAGAGAUGGAGACCAUUUAUGACCUGGGGACAAAAAUGAUCGAGUGCUUAACGAAAGAGAAGGUGCAGGCUGGAGACGUGAUCACCAUUGAUAAAGCGACCGGGAAGAUCAGCAAACUGGGGCGUUCGUUCACGCGAGCUCGGGACUACGAUGCCAUGGGAGCCCAGACUAAGUUUGUGCAAUGCCCAGACGGGGAGCUACAGAAGCGCAAGGAGGUGGUGCACACGGUGUCACUGCACGAGAUCGACGUCAUCAACAGCCGCACACAGGGUUUCCUCGCCCUGUUCUCAGGAGACACCGGGGAAAUCAAGUCUGAAGUACGAGAGCAGAUCAACGCCAAGGUUGCCGAGUGGAGGGAGGAGGGAAAAGCAGAAAUCAUCCCUGGGGUUCUGUUCAUCGAUGAGGUUCACAUGCUGGACAUCGAGUGCUUCUCCUUCCUCAACCGCGGGCUGGAGAGUGACAUGGCUCCCGUUCUCAUCAUAGCCACCAACAGAGGCAUCACCAGGAUCCGUGGGACAAAUUACAAAAGCCCUCAUGGGAUUCCCAUCGACCUACUGGAUCGCCUGGUGAUCAUCUCCACCUCUCCCUACAACGAGAAGGAAACCAAACAGAUCCUGAAAAUCAGGUGUGAGGAGGAGGAUGUGGAGAUGAGUGAAGAGGCCUACACCGUGCUCACCAGAAUCGGCCUGGACUCCUCGCUCCGCUACUCCAUCCAGCUCAUCAGCCCCGCCAGCCUGGUGUGCAAGAAGCGUAAGGGCACGGAGGUGCAGAUGGAAGACAUCAAACGUGUGUACUCGCUGUUCCUGGACAUGGCGCGCUCCACGGACUGCAUGAACAAAUACCAGGACUCCUUCAUGUUCAAUGAGAUCAAAGGCGAGGCGAUGGAGACCAACUGAUGAAGACCCUCUGUCCCGGGGAAUCUCCGCUCCGUCUCCACCCACCGGCUGCUCAGCUCAGUGAUGACAGGUCUUGCUGUUGUUUAUGGUUUUUACAGCGUUUUGUGUAAUAAAUUCUCAAUGUCGUGACCACUA